GUAAAAAUGAGUAGAAAUACCGUAACAAUAAUAUUUUUGUUGCUUCGAAAGUCCUCUAAUUACCGUGAUUAAAAAUUAACCAAAGGUUUAGUUAUAUUUCCUCUGCGGUGCUACUGCCACUGGUAUAAUGCUCCACUCUCUUGAUCUUCUCUCUCCUUCUUCGCUACAUCAACCUCCCGUUCAUCACUCUCGCUCCAACCUUUUCUUCUCCUCUCACAUCCGGAUUUCCACACCAUUUCUCACAGCUUCCACCACACUUAGACCUCCCUCUCCCUUGCAUGGAUUCCCAAAGAAAGAAGGUUCUGGAGCAGGUGCUGAACCUGGUCACGUCACCCAAGGACCGGAGCUCCGUCUCGCUGGUCUGCAAGGACUGGUACGACGUGGAGCGCCACUCUCGCCGCCACGUCUUCAUUGGAAACUGCUACUCCGUGUCGCCGGAGAUCGUGACCCGGCGGUUUCCCAACAUCCGAAGCGUGACCCAAGGGAGGCCGCGGUUCUCGGACUUCAAUCUGGUGCCUCCGAAUUGGGGCGGCGACGUUCGGCCGUGGCUGGAGGUGUUCGCUGCUGAAUACCCGCAGCUCGAGGAGCUGAGGCUGAAGAGGAUGACGGUGAGUGAUGAGAGCCUUGAGUUCUUGGCUGCUUCUUUUGCUGGGUUCAAAGCUCUGUCGCUGCUCAGCUGUGACGGGUUCAGCACCGAUGGCCUUGAAGCCAUUGCCACUGACUGCAAGAAUUUGACUGAGCUCGACAUACAGGAAAACGACAUCGAUGAUAAAAGUGGAGACUGGUUAAGCUGCUUCCCUGAAACCUUCACGUCAAUGGAAAUCCUAAACUUUUCCUGCCUGAAUUCCGAUGUCGACUUCGAUGCUCUUGAGAGUCUUGUAAGUAGGUGCAAAUCACUGAAGGUGUUAAAGGUUAAUAAAACUGUAACCUUGGACCAACUACGAAGUCUUCUCACCCAUGCUCCUCAACUUCUGGAGCUAGGCACCGGCUCGUUCUGGCAAGAGCUCACACCCUCUCAGCAUUCAGAACUCGAAAGAGUGUUUAGCAAUUGCAAGAAUUUAUAUGCAGUCUCUGGUUUAUGGCAAGCAACAGCUCUUUAUCUCCCGGUUCUGUAUCCUGUCUGUACGAAUCUUACUUUCCUGAAUUUGAGCUAUGCAGCAACUUUGCAAAGUUGGGACCUUGCUAAACUUGUUCCUUAUUGUCCACAUCUCCGGCGCCUUUGGGUGCUGGACACAGUGGAAGACCAAGGGUUGGAGGCUGUUGGAUCAAACUGUCCUUUGCUUGAGGAACUCCGUGUUUUCCCUUCUUCUCCCGAUGGAGAUGAUAUUGUUGAUGGGGUGACUGGAUCUGGAUUUGUUGCUGUGUCCAAUGGCUGUCCAAGACUCCGCUAUGUCCUCUACUUUUGUUGGCAGAUGACUAAUGCCGCUGUAGCAACUGUUGCACAAAACUGCCCUGAUAUAACCCACUUCCGUCUCUGCAUAAUGACCCCAGCAAAACCAGAUCACCUGACGGGUGAGCCUAUGGAUGAGGCUUUUGGUGCGGUGGUGAAGACUUGCACUAAACUCGAAAGGCUUUCGGUUUCAGGUUUACUGACUGACCUUACAUUUGAAUACAUUGGGAAAUAUGCCAAGAAUUUGGAAUACCUUUCAGUAGCCUUCGCUGGAGACAGUGAUCAGGGGAUGCAGUACGUGAUGAAUGGUUGCCCCAAGCUCAAGAAACUUGAGAUACGGGACUGCCCGUUUGGGGACGCAGCUUUGCUCUCAGGUUUAGAGAAAUAUGAAUCUAUGAGGUCACUUUGGAUGUCAGCCUGCCUUGUGACAAUGAAUGCCUGUCGGUCAUUGGCAAGUAAGGUGCCGAGGUUGAAUGUUGAGGUGAUGAAGGAUGAUGAAAUUGGUGAUGACAGUCAGGCUGAUAAAGUCUAUGUUUACCGUUCUAUUGCCGGGCCAAGAAAGGAUGCCCCGGCUUUUGUUCUCACCUUCUGAAGACUGAACAGCUUUUGUGCUCACUCUCUGAACCUUACAAAAUACAUGGGAAUUUGUGAUGUAUGCAGUCAUGGCUGAGACGUUUUUAGGUGAGGGAUUGAAGUAGAAUUUGAGGCACUGACCAUUCACAAAGUUAAGCAAAGAAGGAUGAAGCGAGAUUGGCUCUUCAAGAAUGGUCGCGUGUAGAAUAAGUCAUUGACAAUAAGAAAGAAGUUCUGCUAUUGGGUUCAAGUCGUUCGUCGAGGAAUUUCAUGCAGAAGCAGUAGAUUUUCCUUCAUACUUGUAUCGGAGUUGUGGAUUAGUUAGUCUAACUCACCACAAUGUUUCGAAAAAUAACAUACGACAUUCGUAAUCCUUUGCUACUGGAAUAUGUGGGGAUUGAUUUCUAGUUCAUAAGUCAAUUUGAUUUUGAAGUAUAAUUAUUUA